UGCUUGCUGAUUCCCUGGCUACAAAAAAGCGAAAGUGAAAUAGAGGGGAGAGGGACAGUGCUUUCCCAGAAGGACUUCACUAAUCCUGCCCUUCCCAGAACCAGCUCCAGCGAAGAGGGCUUUGCUCCUCUUUGUGACGGGCCCAGAGAGGAAGUUGUUACAGAUAAAUAGAACCAGGCACGCCAGCUCCUGACACAUCCCAUCAAGACCAUGAGACAGAACUGGACACCAGAUCGCAGCCCUUUGCGGGUCCUGCUUCUGUGUGCCCACAUGGUCUGUCAGCUGGCUGGAGCCGCACCUAUGCCUCAGGCCACUGCCAGUGCCUCAGCUGGGAUCACAAAGGACCCCUGCCCCUCCUGGCUCCCAACAGCUAAGCGGUGCCCAGCAUUGGAGGUGACCUGGCCAGAAGUGGAAGUCCCACUGAGUGGAACGCUGACCUUGUCCUGUGCCGCCUGCAGCCGCUUCCCCUUCAGCAUCCUCUACUGGCUGGGCAAUGGCUCCUUCAUCGAGCACCUCCCAGGUCGGCUGAGAGAGGGCAGCACCAGGGAGUACCGGGGUGCACGCACCCAGCUACGGAGGGCCCUGGUGCUAGAGGAGCUGAGCCCCACCCUCCGCAACACCAACUUCUCCUGUGUCUUUGCUGAUCCUGAGCAGACCGCCCAGCGUCACGUCAUCCCGGCUCAGCUCUGGGCUGGGCUGAAGACCGUCACGCCUUCUGUUCAAGAAGCCCCGCCCUCCAGCAGGUCCCCCCUGCCUCGUCAUCGCGACAGGUGAACUCCAAAGCCUGGUUGAGUCGUCACCUCUUCACUGAGGUCUACAUGCUCUUGCAUCUCAGGCCUCCCUCUAAUGGACUGUCCCAGGGAAGGGAUGGGGGUAAAUGCUGCUUCUGAUCCACAGCUGCAUCUUUGUCACACCUGGCAGGGCCCACAGGGGCAUAUGCAUAAAUGGUUUUUCAGUGGAGGCAUGAC